GCAGGGGAUCGGUUGUGUGCUGUGUUCAAUGCUGCGGCUGCUGGAAGGUCAAGAAUCGCAUCUCAAAAAUGAUGGCGGCUUGAAAGUUGAACUCGACUGAUUCCGGCAAUUUCACUCACAACAGCUGGUGUCCUAUCCUUACAUACAAAUCUUGUAGACAUUUGCGUACUUCACCUGCAACGCACCCGCACCCCACACAGAUCGCCUGACAUCGCACAACGGCCACUACCAUCGACACAGCAGAGGUGCUGUCAACGCCUCGGCAACCUGCGACCAGGGCAGCCUCUGCCUCAAGGGGGCCUCUGGCAGCAUGACAUUAUCCCUGGCCUGCAGAGCGGCGAGACCGUCACUGCUGGCCGGCUCAGUUACUCGAGUGUCACUCACCGCCGUCGUCUCAUCAAGAUAUGUCUCGCUGUCCGCCAUCCACAAGGGCCUGGUCGAGUCCGAGAAGGCGCGGCCACAAGGACCUCGGGCCGACAAGCUCAGCAGUCUGGCAGAAGGCGGCGCAAAGCGGAUGACAUACGCUGAGAGGCAGAAAGCCAGAGAGCAAUUGGCCAGGGAGAGGCCGACCUACAAGAUCCGCAAGGGCAAGAAGGACAUCACCGAGUACCCAGACAAGGCCAAGCCAAAGCCCCGGGGCCCCUCGGUGUACCAGCUGAAGGCGAAGAAGUUGCACGAGGAGCUGAAGACCCUGCUGCUGGCGAAGGCCCAUGGCGAAUCCCCAGACUCGCCUUUUCAGCCCACCGGGCCACGGCCGGACUUGGCGGACAGGCCGCGCCGGACCAUCCUCUCGCGCCUACGAGCGCGCGAUAGCGCACGGGGCGGAGAUACCGAAGAUGUCAAGGACGUGGCUGCCGAACUGAGACGCACAAGCACCAGCGGUGUCUCCAGCCGAGCCGCCGACAGCGCCGCCCGUGUGGAGCGGGCACCGCCCAGCAGGGACGCGGACUCCUUCCGAGCAGACAGAGGCGCUUCCCGCAGAGACAGGGGCGCCUCCGCGCCGAGGAGCAGCAGCCCGAGCCAGCACACAAAAGACCGCGAGCCGCUCUCGAUCCCUUACACCACGGCCGCGUCGCAAUUCCUCUACGGCAAGGCCGUGGUCGAGGCCGCGCUGCGCGCGUCGCGCCGCAAGCUCUACAAGCUCUACAUCUACGGCGGCGCCAACCGCCAGAACGCCUCGGACGACGCGCUCAUCCAGGGGCUCGCCAAGCGCCGGGGCGUCCCCGUCACCAUCAUGGGCGAAGACGGCGCGCGGCUGAUGGACAAGAUGGCCUCGUCGCGGCCGCACAACGGCUUCGUGCUCGAGGCGUCGCCGCUGCCGCAGCCACCCGUGACCGCGCUCGGCCCGGGGCCGGACGACUACGCGGCCAGGCCGGGCUACCGGGUCGAGCUGGGCCACCAGUCGGCCGAGGAGGCGGCCAUCAACGGCAGGCCCGACUUCUUCCCGGCGCCGGCGGCGACGCACCGGCCGCUGGUCGUCGUGCUCGACCGCGUGCUCGACCCGGGCAACCUGGGCGCGAUCCUGCGCACGGUGGCCUUCCUGGGCGCCGCGGCGGUGGGCAUCACGCGGCGGGGGUCCGCGACGCUGACGCCGGUCGCGCUCAAGGCGUCGGCGGGCGCCGCCGAGACCCUGCCGCUGUUCAGCAUCGCGUCGCUGCCCGACUUCAUAGGCGCGUCGCGCGCCAACGGCUGGACCGUCUACGCCGCCGUGGCCGAGGCCCCCCCGCGCGGCGCCAAGCAGAGGCGGAACGUGGAUCUGCGGGACAUCGAGGAGGCGGACCCGCUCCGCAGGGAGCCCUGCGUGCUGCUGCUGGGCAACGAGGGCGAGGGGCUGAGCAGGUUCGUCGUCCAGAAGGCCGACUACGAGGUGAACAUCCCCAACAUGUCCGCAUCGGCGGCCGUGGACAGCUUGAAUGUCAGCGUGGCGGCGGGGCUGCUGUGCUCGGCCUUUCUGAAGGGCACCGCGCGGGCGCGGGAGCUGGCGGUCGCCGAGGGCACGGCGAAGCAGAGUUUGUGGUAACUAGUCAGGGGCUGUUUGUAUGAAUACUGUACAAGUAUGCGGGCGGAUACAGUUUGGAUAGACGGAGUUGGUGUAGAUGUAUGAUAGGAUACCCUUAUACUGCGGUACAUGUCGUGAUGUAACUUCAGGGGGUGAAUGUAAACAUAAUACUCGGUUCGCAGCCCGUUGUGAGCUCCACGCGGCGUACGGAUCUGUACUGUGGUGUGUAUUCCGUAUUCUGUACAGUACGAUAUGCAGGGUCUGACAGGGGUGAGCCGCUGCCACGUUUUUGACGCUGGAUCCAUAGGUUCCGAGCAUUGGAAC